GCCAAGCAAUAACAUUUCAAACUUCUAAAUGUUCAGAACCUAAAAUUUGACAUAAACAAACUUAAAGUAAACCUAAAAGUUUCGACUGUAUCGUUAGCUUUUUAUCGGGCAUUUGUUUCUAUUGAGUACCGUACAGUAUAAUUGGUAUACCGAAAAACAAAUCUAGGAAUAAUGACAUCAGCUACAGACCUCAUUAAUGAAACAAUGCGAAGUAAUAUUUCUACGUCAUUACCUCCAGAAAGUACAGAACCGGAUUAUUGGCCAGACUUUGGAGCUUUACAAUACUUGGAAGUUAUAUACUUGACAAUCAUCACCGUCCUUGGAACGAUUGGAAACUUGAUCGUUAUGUUCUCCAUCGCACUAGAAAAAAGGGUUCAUGCUCAUGGAAAUAUUUUUAUCAUCAAUCUCGCCAUUGCUGAUCUAAUUGUAUCCGCUGUCAUUGUCCCGACGGUGAUAGCAAAUGUAAUAGCGAAAUCUAAUGCAUUGGAACACGUGUUUUGCAGCGUAAUUGGAUUUCUUGUGACAUCAACAUGCACUUGUUCAUUAUGUAAUUUAAUGUUUAUAGCAGUGAACAGAUACUGGGCUGUUGUCAGACCAAAUACUUAUCCAAAAAUGUUUCCAAGGAGACGUGUUUAUUUCAUGGUAGCAUUUACUUGGUUGUGGUCUGCACUUCUUGUAUCACCAACUGUCUUAGGAUGGGGAGGAUUAAAAUACGACGGGAAAAUGAUGAUCUGUUCCUGGGACGAUUCAAUUGCACCUUCCUAUACAUAUUUUAUAACAUUUGUAGCUAUCUUUAUGCCGCUUUGUAUUAUUGCUUUCUGCUACUUCCGAUUAUUUGCAACUGUAAGAGGCAGCGGUAGGUGGGUUCGAAGCCUUAGCGUUGGAAGUGGAAUAUCCCAAAACAAUGAGCAACAUCGACGAUCCAUGAGAAAAGAAAGAAGUUUAUUGAAAACGCUUUUGACUACUGUUCUUUUGUUCUGUUGUUGUUGGGUGCCUUUUGGUGCCUGCGUUCUCAUUAACCCUACCGGAACGCCAAAACAUGCAAAAAAGAUAUUUGGCUGGUUGGCAUUGACAAACUCUUGCGUGAAUUUUAUUAUUUAUGGCGCCAUGAACCCAGUUUUCAGACGUGGAUACCACAACUUGUUUCUCUAUAUAUUCCGCUGCAAAAGAGUCCAAUUCAUCAGCUCAACUAUGCUGCAUGGCUCCUUCUCUGAUAGCUUCAGAUCAGCUAAGAAGGGAAUUAAAGGAAAACUCAACGAUAAUGGCUUCCAAUCGCGAUCGGACACAAACAGAGAUAACUCAAGAAUAGACACAGUUGCCAAUGGACAGUUUCAGUCAUCUCAAAUGACACAAACAACUAUGGCAACAAAAGAUAGCCCGAUUACACAAAUCACAAGGAAUCGCACAACCGAGCCCAGCCCACUAGCGACUAGAAAUAUUGUGGUUCAACAACAGUCUUCCGAACUAAACAACGAAAGCUCCAGUAGAAAAUACAGUUUUCAAGAGAAGCCCAAUUUUGAUAAAUCAGUUGCAACAAAUGAAAACGAUCCAAAAUGGCGACAGAGACGAAACAGUGCAAUGCUGCUGCAACUCGAAAUGGGUGAUGAUACUGAUGAUGAAUUUUUCUUGGACCAAGAAGCUCGUUAUUCUCGUAGAGCUAUGUCUGAUAUUCCUGCAAGCAUGAACAAGCACACAAACAACAACGUUUUGAAUUCGUCAGAUCAUAACUUGAAUCACAAUAAUAAUGUCGAAUAUGGCGAGGAUGGCGAGGUUUUCAUUGUUCAACGACAAACAAAUAUUGUUAAAGUCAUUACAAUCUAAACUACCUAACAGGCCACAGUGUCAGCUUGAUGAAUACGCUCAAAAGCGGAAACGAUUACCGAAGUGACGAUAAUGAGUUCUAAUAUGGAGGACAUCACGAGCGAACAGCUAAUAAGGAAGUUAUGUGCAAACUAUAAUGAACUUUCAACAGUUUUAUGGAGUUCUGUAAAGAUCAAUGACCGUGGGCUUCAGUAACGAGAACUAGUCCUAUGUCUUUUCUACGUAUUUGUCAAUUUUUUUUUCACUUCAUCACUUUAAAAUCUAAAGAGGGUUGCCGUUGUAUGUAUACCGUACUUAACAAUUCGCUAUUGUAAGCUUGGAGGGACAUUUGAAUACAUACGCUUUCCAAAGAGCCCAAUGUAUAUCAACAACGGACAUCAUUAUGAGUUAAUUUACUGUGUUUUUAUUCUGUUUAUCUGUUAAAUAUGUACGAGUACUGAAUAAAUCUGUACCCAAGCAAAACCAAGUACGGAGCAGUAUACUAUGUUUUAUGUGUGAAGUAUGAAUCAACAGCGAGAUGCCACAUAUAGAGCAUUGAGCUCAUAUAUAAGAUCAAAAACCACUGAAAAUAUUCAUCGCCAAACAUUUGUCGUCCAAGCUAGAAAAAGUAUCAACAUACAGUUACUUGAAAGUCAGAUUUAGCCAUUGUCUUUCAUUUCCAAAACUAUAAAAUCUUG